UGUCAGCUGAUUUACAGGAGACCGAGUACAAUACAGACUAGUCAGCUGAAAAUGUAAUUGAACCUUUACCUUGAUUACAUAUUUAUGACUAAUCUUCAUCAGUCCAUUGAAGGGUGUAGUUUGGGCACACAUUUGGAAGAACCCUUGUUUUAUUGCCUGCACUUGAUGGUGUAUAUAUAUCGUAUGCAGCUCUAGGAUACUGAGAACAGCUCUUCUACUUCCAAAGGCUUGUCCUGCACCUCUCUACUAUUAACAGGAUCCCUGACACUGAGCUAAUGGAGCCAGUGCCUGAAGCUGGUGUCAUUGGCUGCUCUGGUCACUCAGAGAAUCUUCUCAGCGUGAAUAUGAAUGGGUUGAAACCUCGCAGAGUGGUGGAAGUCCAUAUCAUGCGCAGCUUGAGUCUAAGAGAAGCUGAUUUGAGAGGGAAGGAGCUGAAGUGGAGAUCACUUCCAACAAAGAUGCCACAAGGAAGUCUCAGCCGCCCGGAAGGAGCUGGGUUGCGUGAGUCGGGGACAGUAGGCAGGAAGAGUGAAAGGAAGCAGGCUGAAACAGAAAGCCUAACACAUCGAAAUGACGGCCUCCCUCCAAUCAAUAACUCUUUGAGCACUGACACGGCUGUGGUGAAGGAAGCUGGCAAAGAAAGGAACAAGGACGCAAAAAGAGGGAGGAGGUCUCAAACGUUCUUCGGGAAGAUCACCAGCCUCCUUUGGAGAAAAAAAGGUGAUGAAAAGAAAGAGGAUGGAUGUACAAAAUCCAAGGAGCUUGGUGCUCCUCAGGCAGAACAUACUCCUGAAGAGAAUGGGGAGCAGUUACUCAGUGAGAGCCAGAGGACACCAGGAGACCAGCAGAUCAACCCUCACAAAACCAAGGUCCGGAGGAAAAGCAGCUUGCGCAGAGUUUUCUCUUUUAAGAAGAAUAAUUCAGAAGUGAAAGAAUUUGGAUGGGGAGGUCCAGGAGCCAGCAAGGUUAAAGCAGAACAUCCCAAGCAACUGGCUCUGAAGGCUGUGUGCAGGCCCAGGCUGAAUAAAACAGCCCGCGACUCUGAGUCUGUGUACGAGCAGGUGUCCGAGGAAGUGGAUCGGAUAGUUCAGACUCUUGAGUCCAGUGGAGACAAAGAGAAGUGUCUGAAGGAAACACAUGCAGUUGAAGAAUUGGAAACAGAUGGGCCAAGACAAUCCGUAGAUAACUCCAUUUCCAAAAUUAUUACAAUACUCCAAAAUGUCGGUGACCGUGUUGAUACAGAGCUCCAAGGAGAUGUGUUGCUUUCCACAUUCUUCCAGACCAUCAGCUACAAUUCCUUCAAAGAACUGGCAGAUCAAUACAUCCAAACUGAAGUGAGGAGCAAAGUGACCCAGGAGAACCCCGACCUGGUCAAGUUUGCUUUUACCCUCGAUUUUACUGCGAAGGUAGCGGGGCUGUGUACCCAUCAGAUCAAACAGAUUACCGGCUUCGGGAGCCAGUAUCUCCGGGAGACUUGUUGGCACCUGCCCAGUUUUAGUGUGCAGCAGGAAACAGCAAACAACACGGAGAAAAUUCCAAGUCCAGAUUGAAGAGCGAAGGUCAAAUCAAAGACUGAUUUUCUUGCCUGGGGAUGGCCACCACUUCCUGAAGCUUUAGACUAAAUCAGCACUCAAACAUCCUGACUUAGAAAUGUAUCGCCGUUCCUUCACUGAUAUAUUUUGUCGCUGAGUCAAGAUCCAGGAAGUCCCUCCCUAACGGAAUUGUGGGUGGUUCACCGCUACCUUCUGCAGGACGGUUGGGGAUAGACAAUAAAUGCUGGGCUCACCAGUGACUCCUACAUCCUGUUAAUAAAUCCCUCUUUAAAGAAACUAUAGUUUUGGAUAAGAUUAUCAGUCUUUUACUGUUACAUUGGCAAGUGGAAUCCACAGAUGGGUGACAAAAUGUCUGUACGAGGAGCUGCAGUUAGCCUGGUCUCUGCACUGCUGCCUUCCACUGAGGGAGCCAAGUGAAUGGCCUUCCUGUGGUAGACUUGGCUGGGAACAGGUAGAUCCCGGCUCCAGAAUGUGUCUUUAAUCUGAGAAUAACCUUUGAUUUGUUCUGAAUGGAUCAUUGGUAGAGUCUUCCAACCAACCCUGACCCUCUGGGGAUCAGAGCAGAAAGGAAGUGGUAGAUAUUGGCAGAAUUACAAUGUUUAAAAGGUUUGGAGGGAUAUGGGCCAGGAGCAGGCUGGUGGGACUAGUUUUGUUCAGCAUGGACUGGUAUGGUCCGAAGAGUCUGUUUCUGUGCUGUAAGAGUGUGACUCUCUGAUCUGCAGAAGUUCCAUCAUUGAGUUUGUAUAAAACAGACAACAAUAGAUUUCUAAGUGAAACGGAAAUCAAAGGAAUAUG